AUGGCGGACGAACACGAGCCUUUGCUGGGCGGUGCCCCGGUGCCUCGGCGCGCUGUUACGAAAUAUCUGCGCGAAGAGAUUGAUACGCGCCGUGGCGAUUUCCUUCUCCUCAUUUGCUACAUCAUUACUGGACUUCUCGACAGCUCAGCAGUGUUUAUUUGGGGCAGUUUCGUGUCAAUGCAGACUGGAAACACGGUUUACUUUGGCCUUGGCCUUGUUGGAACAGAUGAUGAUCGAUGGAUAAAAUCUGGUGUCUCGAUCUGCGGAUUCUGCCUCGGAUCACUGGUUUUCUCCACAUUUCAUCGCUUCUUUUCGCCUCGCCUACGCUGGGUCAUUACUGUUUCAUUCUUCAUACAAAUGCUUUGUAUCACAGCCGCUGCUACCAUUGUUACAAUUUAUCGUCCUACGCGAGACGCGCCCUUGAGCUGGUUGAUCCUCGUACCUGUUGCUCUGGUAGCAUUCCAGAGUAGUGGACAGGCUGUUGCCAGUCGCGUCUUGAAAUACAACGGGCUGACCAGUGUUGUCCUGACCAGCAUUUAUUGUGAUCUUUUCUCACAUGAAGAUUUUCUUUCAUUCAAACUUUUCCGCAACGCCGAGGAACUGCGUCGACUAGGUGCUGUGGUCUGCCUGCUAGUUGGAGUUGUGUGGGGUGGACUGUGGGCACAUAGCUCGGUUGGAAUGAUGGGAGCCCUGUGGAUGGCUACUGUCUUGAAGGGGCUGAUUGUUAUAGCUUGGCUUUUCUGGAAGGGGAAAGAAUGA